AUGGCCUUGUUAACUUUCCUUUGCCUAUCUUUGGCCACUGUUGCGUCCCCUGCAAAUGCGGGGGAUUCCACUGUACUUCCCUUGCAAGAGAGUCCAACCAGGUCUUCUCCUCUUCUUCCAAAACCCGCACGCUUGAUCCUAAGUGAUCUCGAUGGCACUCUCAUAGGCAAAGAUGGCGUUCUUCCACCAGAUAAUGUGGAGGCUUUCCGCUUGGCACACUCCCUAGGCAUUCAAGUGGCGCUGUCCACUGGCCGCCCCCGCACGAACGUCAUGGAGCUUCUGGGAGAAAAUAAUCUGAAAAAGAUGGAUUUUUCGGGCUUCCCAGGAAUUUACCUGAAUGGAGCGUAUGUAUUGGGGCCUGAAGGAGAGGUCCUGCGGGAUAGUCCCCUAGCGCACGACACUCUGAAGCACAUCCUCCAUAUUAUCACGGAAGCGGGGUUGUUAGACAAGGCUGUAGGGGUAACGGAAGGGCCGCUGGUUUUCUUCAAAGAGAAAUCGGAAUCUUUAGACGUCUAUUCACGCGUGCACAAAGUGCACGUAGAAGGGGAGCCUAGCGCGGUGGCGGGCGUUCGCCACCGACUCGAGGCGGAGUUGGGGGAUUCAAUUGGCUUUGCGCAGAGUCACCCGAGGGCCUUCGAAGUGUUGCAGCCCGGGAUUGACAAAGGGGAGGCACUGCGGCUGCUGUCAGAGGUCUUGGGGAUUUCGCCGGAAGAGGUCUUAGCUGUAGGUAACGCCCACAACGACUUGCCCAUGUUCAAAGUAGCAGGCACGGCAGUGGCGGUUGGAGACGGAUAUGAAGACGCGAAGGCAGCAGCAGACUUCAUCACGGUUCCAAGCACCCAAGGCGCGCUGAUGCAGGUGUUGCUGUACGUAAAAGCCCAUCUCUACCCCCACUCGCCGUCGCAUGAGGGCACUGCCACAGUAUUCAGCUCGCUGUUGCAUGAGAAAGGUGCCUACACAGCUUCUCGGUGGCUUGAGAAGCAGCAAAAGUGUGUGGAUAGGACUCUUCAAGUUGUUAGGAAGAAGGUUGAGGGGUUAGCUGAUCAUAUUGAGAAGCUGAGGUCUAUGAAUUAA